AUAAGAGGAGGCCAACGAGCAAUACAGAUGUUCAACAUGUACAAAUAUAGCUUGAUUAUUGCUAUAUUGAGCACUGUGGACCUCUUCUCAGAGGUCGCUGCUUUCCCAUGUACGUCUGACGCACAAUGUCGGCAUCGGUUAAGCGUGGCCCAUGACGAGGAAGCCUACUGUGCGGUUGUUGCCUUUGGGGUCGGAUGUUGCCAUUCCCGAAAAAAACCUGCUCACUGGACGACAUGGAGUGCUUGGGGUUCCUGCAGUGUGACGUGUGGAUCCGGAGGAAUAAGAACAUCCAGAAGAAGAUGUGAAGGUCGAGGAUCAUGUCACGGCAAUUCUUCACGACAACUAGCGUGUCAAAGCCGGCAUCGGUGUCCAGUUGAUGGUUAUAUGAGUGACUGGAGUGAUUGGGGAACGUGUAGUCAAACUUGUGGAAGGGGUCAGAGGACAAGAUCACGUGUUUGUCAUCCUCCUCAACAUGGCGGAUUACCGUGUCAGAGAACGUUUGACGUAAAAGAAUGUCGAAAAUCACCAUGCCCAGUUGAUGGGCGUUUAUCUGAUUGGGGACCGUGGAGUCAAUGCUCAGGCACGUGUGAGGGCAUGAUGAAGAGAACUCGAACCUCUACACCCCCCAAAUUCGGUGGUGCCCCUUGCAAUGGAACUACAGAACAGCUCGAUACCUGUGGUGCACCGCAUUGUCAAGUUGAUGGGCGUUUAUCUGACUGGGGACCGUGGAGUCAUUGUUCAGGAACAUGUGAGGGAAUGAGGGGGAGGACUCGAUCUUGUACACCCCCGGAAUUUGGCGGAGCUCCUUGCAAUGGAAAUGUAAUACAGUUUGGUAAAUGUGGAGCUCAACAUUGUCCUGUUGAUGGGCGUUUAUCUGACUGGGGACCGUGGAAUCAAUGUUCAAGCACGUGUGAGGGCCUCAGAAAGAGAACUCGGACCUGUAGACCCCCCGACUUCGGUGGUGCUCCUUGCAAUGGGAAUACAGUACAGCUCGAUCACUGUGGUGCACAGCAUUGUCCAGUAGACGGGCGUUUAUCUGACUGGGGACCAUGGAGUCAAUGUUCAGACACAUGUGAGGGCAUGAGGAAGAGGACUCGGACCUGUACACCCCCCGAAUUCGGUGGCGUCCUUUGCAAUGGAAAUACAGUACAGCUCGAUAGCUGUGGUGCACAACAUUGCCCAGUUGACGGGCGCUUAUCUGACUGGGGACCGUGGAGUCAAUGUUCAGACACGUGUGAGGGCAUGAGGAAGAGGACUCGGACCUGUACACCCCCCGAAUUCGGUGGCUCCCCUUGCAAUGGAAAUACAGUACAGGUCGAUAGCUGUGGUGCACAACAUUGUCCAGUUGACGGGCGUUUAUCGGACUGGGGACCGUGGAGUCAAUGUUCAGACACAUGUGAGGGCAUGAGGAAGAGGACUCGGACCUGUACACCCCCCGAAUUCGGUGGCGCCCUUUGCAAUGGAAAUACAGUACAGCUCGAUAGCUGUGGUGCACAACAUUGCCCAGUUGAUGGGCGUUUAUCUGACUGGGGACCAUGGAGUCAAUGUUCAGGAACAUGUGAGGGUUUGAAGACGAGAACUCGGACCUGUAGACCCCCUGAGUUUGGCGGCGCCCCUUGUAGUGGGAGUACAGUAGAACUUGAUAAGUGCGGUGAACAACAUUGUCCUGUGGAUGGUGUUUUGUCCGCCUGGAGUGUUUGGACACCGUGUAGUGUUACGUGUGGUGGUGGAUCUAAAGUAAGAUCACGGGCAUGUAUUGGCCCACAGCAUAACGGCAAGAACUGCACUGGAUCGCUAUAUGAAAUGAAUAACUGCAGUCACACACCAUGUCCAACCCCCUUAACCUCUACGCCUACAGCACAAUCAACAACAACACAUCAACAAACAUCGCUAGCAGGAAAACCUUGUCCGUCGUGUGACCAAUUUCUGACAUGUGUGUGGAAUCAAACUUGUUCUGCAAGUGAGACAUGCAUGGUGCGAGCAGUAACCGGACAUGGAUUUCAGUUUACAAUCCACUGUAUCCAAAGCGAGGAUUGUCAUUUCAUGAAAACGUUUAUGAAGAACCGAGAAAUUUACUGCUGUGACGAUAGAGAAUGCAUCCGGACAUAUGUUGGUAUAUGAAAUUCUGAAUAAACAUGUGAGCAAUUGAA